CACUGCAUUGACCGGGACUCCCGCUGACGCGUCAGUCACACCGGAGAUUCGAUACAUAGACGCAGGAGAACCGACCCUGAGCGCAGGGAAAGUUGUGAUCGUCAGGAUGGAGGUUCCUGUCUUCAUGUUGUUGAUACACUUGACCCACACUGAAAUCAAAGCCCUGUCGAGCAAAGUGGAAGCAGAGGUUCGAUGCCCCUUGGGGCAGUUCCCGUGUGGGAACUUGAGUGAGUGCCUCCCCCAGGCUCUGCAGUGCAACGGACACAAGGACUGUCCCAAUGGAGCGGACGAACGCCGCUGUGGGGACAACAUUGGAUGGGCAGAUAUAGUGGGUGAAACUUUAGAGAAUACCAAUCCUGUGGACCAGUACUCCGGGGAUGAGUGUUUUUUGCAGGAAUAUCCAGAUAGCUGUGACUGCAUCCAGACAGAGGUGGUGUGUGUGGAGGUGAACCUUCAGAAUGUUCCACCUCUGUCUCCAAAUGUGACCUGGCUGUCACUGAGGGCCAAUAGGAUUCAAGUGUUGACUGAUUUUGUUUUCUCAGAAUACCCUGCCCUACAGAGACUAUUUCUUCAAAACAACAGCCUGCAGUUUAUUUCCAGACACGCUUUCCGAGGCCUACACAAAUUAAAAAGGCUGUUCCUCAGUGAUAACUUGAUAUCGUCCCUCAGUCCUGGUGUGUUUGGUGACCUACACCAGUUAGAGUGGCUAAUGUUGGAUAACAAUCCACUGAGGAUUCUGGCUCAGGACACAUUCAUUGGGCUGCAGUCUCUUGUGUAUCUAUCUAUGGUGGGCACUUCACUGGAGCAGCUUCCUCACCCCAGCUUCUGCCAGCACAUGCCUUCCUUAGACUGGCUGGAUCUCGAGGGAAACCAGAUUCAAACUCUCAAUUACUCCCUCCUGAACACUUGCAGCAAGCUCAGGGUUCUGUUUCUAAUGGACAACAUGAUUAAGAGAGUUCCUGAAAACACUUUCCUGUCCUUGUGGAAACUUACUGAAUUGAAUCUGUCCAGCAACCGGAUAAGAGAGCUGCCAAAAAACACCUUUAAAAGCCUUUCCAACUCUCUCCUUCGACUAAAUGUCUCCCACAAUCCCCUUCUCCAAAUCCAGCCCAGCCACUUUAAUCAUUUGACACAGCUUCAGUCCUUGGCACUAGAAGGGAUCGAGAUCCCAGACAUUCAGACUAAGAUGUUUCUGCCCAUGAAGAACCUGUCACACAUAUACUUCAAGAAGUUCCAGUACUGCUCCUAUGCCCCCCAUGUCAGGUCCUGUAAACCCAACACAGAUGGGAUAUCUUCAUUUGAGGACCUGCUGGCUAACGUAGUACUGCGGGUGUCUGUGUGGGUCAUUGCCUUCAUCACGUGCUUCGGUAACCUCUUUGUCAUCGGCAUGAGGUCGCUGAUCCGAGCCGAGAACAAUCUACACGCUGCAUGUAUCAAAGUUCUGUGCUGUGCCGACUGCCUCAUGGGUGUGUACCUCUUUUUCGUCGGGGUGUUCGAUGUCAAGUUUCGAGGGCAGUACAAUCGUAAUGCCCUGCUGUGGAUGGAGAGUGUGGAGUGUCGCACCAUUGGUUUUUUGGCCAUGCUCUCCUCAGAGGUUUCCGUUCUCCUGCUGACCUACCUGACCCUGGAAAAGUUCCUGGUUAUUGUCUUCCCGUUCAGCAAUCUGCGCCCAGGGAAACUUCAGACUGGGGUGGUCCUGGCAUCUAUCUGGGUCCUGGGCUUUAUUAUAGCUGCUGUGCCGCUAAUGAAUGAGGAAGUGUUUGGAAACUACUACGGACGUAAUGGAGUCUGCUUCCCGCUGCACUCUGACAGGCAAGAAAAACCAACUGCCAAAGGAUAUUCCACAGGGAUUUUUCUGGGUCUAAACGUGGUGGCGUUCCUGGUGAUAGUGUUCUCUUACUUCAGCAUGUUCUACUCCAUCUAUAAAACCGGCAUCAACGCCACAGACCUGAGGAGCAGACUACACAGAGAUGUGGCUGUGGCCAACAGAUUCUUCUUCAUUGUGUUCUCUGAUGCCCUCUGCUGGAUUCCCAUAUUUUUGGUGAAGAUCCUCUCACUACUAAAGGUGGAGAUACCAGGGACAAUCUCCAGCUGGGUCGUCAUCUUCAUCCUCCCCAUCAACAGUGCUCUCAACCCCAUUCUUUACACGUUAACCACCAGUUUCUUCAGGGAGCAGGUGGAAGUCUUACUCUGCCGGUGGCAGAGAAGACACAUCUUGAAGAAAGACCGUAAAAGCCUCACUUCCUCCACAAUCUUCAUGGAGGCAUCAAGGCCUCAAUGCUACCAGCAGCCAGCCUACCUCCAACGCAUAUCACUGACUGGUGCAGAUCCUCGCUACGCCUGAGGGAGACCAGAACUUGCCAGGCUUUUUUUGAUUUGGAAACUAUGGGUCAUGGGUCUCGAAAUGGAGGACUUUCGACUCUUCUGGCAUGACAGCUGCACUGAUUCUGAGUUUCAUUCAACAAAAUUAACAGCCACAGGGCUCUGUCUGCUUUUUUCUCGCCUUUGUUUACACAACAAAUAAGUGGUGCCGUGUAUUACACUGAGGAGGAGCCGCGGGCCAAAGUGAUGACCUUUCUCCCAGUGAUUGACCAUUUGAGCCUUUCACAUUGAUCGUAUGGAAUAUCAUCCAAGCAAAAAAAAAUAAAACAACAACAACAAAUGCCAGCUUACAGUAUACAUCAUUAUACUACCUAGAAAAUAUUUACGAUGAGUCAACAUACAUCCAAGGGCUGACUGAGUUUGUUUUCAGACUGGGUCUGUGGUUGUCUCAGUUCUGGAGUGACUGAGAGUUUGUAAAAAUCAUGUGUCAGGAUCAAUGAUAAGUGCAGAUCCAAAGGAGUACCGCAAAGUAAGUAGUGAAUACAUUCUUUUUUACAUUUAAAUUGUGCAGAACAUCAAACUUUUGAUUGUUUGAUUGAUCAUAAUCAUCUUGAUUUUUUUCAUUUCAAUCCAUAACUAGUCCAAAUUUGAGUAGUAUCAACACAAUUACGCUUUUACAAAAUUAUAUUUCACUUAAUUUCUGCCUUCUGGAUUUUUACGUUUUAUUCCUAUUUUGAUUCACUGUUCCAUUAGUUUCUUCGUUUGCGGAGUCCUGCAUUUUAGUCACAAAUCAAAAGCUUUUUACAUUCCAAAAUAUUGGAUGUGGAUGUAUUAAAAUGAUACAAUUAUUUAAUGUAAGUAUUUUUUAUCAGAAUGUAUUGUUUAAUUUGUUAUUCUUUGACUUAUUAUUAUUAUUAUUAUUAUUAUUAUUAUUAUUAUUAUUGAGCAAUGCAAAGUUAGUGCACAGCAAAAAGGUCUUUGUUUCAUGUGUCGUUUAGGCCAAAUAAUACUUCUGUUUGGGGUUUAAAUGUAUUCCCAGAGUACGUUGCUGUAGAAAAUCUGAAGUCCUUCAAAAGUUUAAAAACAUUCACAAUUGGGGUAACCAUUUAGAACCAUUUUAAAACCAGCAUUUGUGUAGUCCUGAUUAAAGGAAACAUUUUUUACUCCCACAGAACUGAAAAUGGAGUUAUUACCCUUACACUUGCUAUAUCUACCAUCCAAUCAAAACUUUACACCGCAGAGAAAUCCUCCUACAAUUACACAUUAACUUGACAUACUUCCAGUUUUUGGUUGGUCUAUUUUGUUGUCACUGUUUGUAAGACAUCACUAGGUUUUGUUUAUGAUUUGUGCCUUUAUUUAAACUUUUAUAAACAUUUACGUUAUGUACAGUAUGUGUGUACACAGGACAAUCUUGGGAGUAAGACAAAGAAAUUAUAGGAAGAGUCCUUGUACCUUUUGCCAAGUAUAAAUACAGUAGAACCUCCUGACUUUGAAGGACUAUAACAUUUCUGAAUUAGCUUUGCAGAUUUUUGCUGUGUAAUAUUUUGGUACAGGAGGAGGAUGUCCUGUCUAUGUGUAUGUCCUAUGUAUCGUUACGUUUCUUGUUCAGUGAAUUAUGUGUUUGUUGGAUUCCUCAGUCUCUCCUCUGGCUGAAAGAAUAAAAAAGUGACCUGAGAAGUUCACAUUGUGCAAAUAGCUUUUAAGCCAUUCCUUUGUUUGUUUUUGCAUAUAAUUGCAUUUUGACCAAGAUGUAGCUAUUUAGCUACAAUAUAUGUCUGGACGCAACAUAUGGACAAUAUAACCUGCAUUUUUGUGGACUUACCCUGAGAAUUUUUGUGUAAUUUCAACAUUUUUGCCACUCGUUUUAAUAUAUCUUUCCACAAAUACCUUUGCAGUGUUUUGGCCUUUGUACAUGUAAUUUACUUUGCCCACCUCUUCCUAGCCCUCUUAAAAUCAUUGA